CUAACGUCUCAUUCAGCCAUUCGGACAAACGCACUUCGCGCUCACGCCCUCUUUGCCCUCAUCGCCCCCAACUUUUCUUCCAUUCCCUUUCUUCACAUUCGCAUUCCCCCAUUUCAAUCUCCUCUUCGAUCCCAUACGGUUGAUGUAUAAGUCUUUGUUUUCGUGAUUUUGGAGUCGAUAUAUGAUACAUAUUUAGGUUAUGGAGCAGAAGCGCUUAUUCAUGUCGGCCUUGGGCGUCGGCGUCGGCGUGGGGCUGGGAUUGGCGUCUGGACAGGCCAUCAACAAAUGGACCGGAGGUUCCGCCAACAGUGCUCCCGCCGAUGGCGUUACCGCCGAUCGAAUCGAGCAGGAACUCCGGCGACUCGUCGUUGACGGAAAGGACACCGGCGUCUCAUUUGACGACUUUCCUUACUAUCUCAGUGAACGGACACGAGUGUUAUUGACAAGUGCAGCAUAUGUUCACCUAAACCACUUGGAUAUGUCUCGGCAUACAAGAAACCUCUCUCCAGCUAGUAGGGCAAUAUUGCUGUCUGGACCUGCAGAACUUCACUUGCAAUCACUUGCAAAGGCUCUUGCUCAUCAUUUUGAAGCAAAAUUCUUACUAUUGGAUAUAAGUAACUUUUCUGUAAAGAUGCAGAGCAAAUAUGGGAAUUCUCCGAAACAGCCUCCUUUGAAGAGGUCUUUAUCAGAGGUGACACUUGAGCAUAUGUCCAGUUUACUUGGGUCUCUCUCAUCUCUUCAAGUGCAAGAUUGUAAUAGAGGCAGACUGUCAAGGCAGCCAAGUAUUGACUCUAAUUUAAGUGAAGGCAUGGGCGUUCCUCUCAAGCAUCGGAGAAAUUCAUCUGUCUCAUCAGAUAUGAGUACAAUCUCCUCACAGUCCUCCUUUUCAAGUUCAGCCCCUCCUAAACGCGCAAGCAGCUGGUGUUUUGACGAAAAAACCUUUUUAAAGUCACUUUACAAGGUUUUGGUAUCCGUCUCAGAAACUAAUUGCAUCAUACUCUAUAUGAGGGACGUUGAUCGACACCUUCGAUCCCCACGAGUUUUCAACCUUUUUCACAGAAUGCUUAAGAAGUUAUCCGGAUCAGUGUUGGUUCUUGGAUCACGCGUAAUAGAACAUUUUGAUGAAAGAGGUGAAGUAGAUGAUAGAUUCAAUGUAUUAUUCCCCUACAACAUUGAGAUUAGGCCACCUGAAGAUGAGACUCAUCUUAUAAGCUGGAAAGCCCAACUGGAAAAGGAUAUGCAGACGAUCCAGUUUCUGGACAACAGAAAUCACAUUGCCGAGGUACUUGCAGCAAAUGACCUUGAAUGUGAGGAUUUAGGGUCUAUCUGUCAAGCAGAUGCAAUGAUUUUGAGUAACUACAUAGAGGAAAUUGUUGUGUCUGCAAUAUCAUACCAUUUGAUGAACAACAAGGACCCAGAAUAUAGAAAUGCAAAGCUUAUCAUAUCAUCCAAAAGUUUGUCCCAUGCAUUAAGUGUCUUCCAGGAGGGAAAAAGUGGUUACCGAGACACUACCAAGCUGGAAACGAAUAAUGAAUCUUCCAAGGUAACUGCAGGAGGAGACGGUGUUGAGUCAAAGCCUGAAGCAAAGCCUGAAAACCUUGUAUCCGAGAGUAAAAGUGGGACUGAAAAACCAGUUACACUGAUGAAAAAAGAUGGUGAACCUACAGCAGCACAAAAGGCUCCAGAAGUUCCACCAGAUAAUGAGUUCGAGAAACGCAUACGGCCAGAGGUGAUACCCCCAAAUGAUAUUGGGGUGACCUUUGAAGAUGUUGGCUCUCUUGAUGAGAUUAAGGAAUCUCUUCAAGAACUUGUUAUGCUUCCUCUUCGAAGACCUGAUCUCUUUAAUGGAGGUCUUCUUAAGCCUUGCAGAGGCAUCUUGCUCUUUGGUCCUCCUGGCACUGGAAAAACCAUGAUGGCAAAGGCAAUUGCAAAUGAAGCUGGGGCAAGCUUCAUAAAUGUCUCAAUGUCAACCAUUACUUCGAAAUGGUUCGGUGAGGAUGAAAAGAAUGUAAGAGCUUUGUUCACACUUGCUGCCAAGGUUUCUCCAACUAUAAUUUUCGUGGAUGAAGUUGAUAGCAUGCUUGGACAACGAACAAGGGCUGGAGAACACGAAGCCAUGCGAAAAAUCAAGAACGAAUUCAUGACUCAUUGGGAUGGACUGUUGACGAAAUCGGGUGAACGCAUUCUCGUUCUUGCAGCAACUAAUAGGCCGUUUGACCUGGAUGAAGCAAUUAUCAGGCGCUUUGAGCGCAGAAUUAUGGUUGGUUUGCCUUCGUCGGAGAGCAGAGAAAAGAUCCUGAGAACUCUUCUAGCUAAAGAAAAUGUAGAAAACAUUGAUUUCAUGGAGCUUGCUACAAUGACCGAAGGAUAUAGUGGAAGUGAUCUUAAGAAUUUGUGUACAACAGCAGCUUAUCGUCCUGUCAGAGAGCUAAUACAACGUGAAAUACAGAAGAAUAUUGAAAAAAAGCGCAAAGGCGAAGGCCAGAGCUCACAAGCUGCUUCAGAUAAGGAGGGGAUGCCCGAGAGAGUUAUCAACUUGAGACCUUUGAACAUGGAAGAUAUGAAGCAAGCAAAGAAUCAGGUUGCCGCUAGCUUUGCUGCGGAGGGAUCCAUAAUGAGUGAGCUUAAGCAAUGGAAUGAUUUGUACGGCGAAGGCGGUUCAAGAAAGAAGCAACAACUGUCUUACUUCCUUUAGGCUGUCAAGUACACACAUCCUUUGUGGAGGGCAAUAUAUAUAUCUGUGGUUUAAUAUAACACAACAUAUCCAGCAUCUGAAUUCUGGUUGGUGUUAUGCAAUAUAUAUCCAAUGGCCUGGCUCUUAACAAUCUGGGGGUGACAUGGAUGAAUUUGUAUCGGUGUGUAGUUGCACCAGAAACAGUAUAUAUAAACUUAACUUAUGGUAGAAAUGUAGGUUUCGAAUUCGAAUACUAUUACGAAAAAAAUAUAUGAGGACCCGAGGU